AUGAAAAGUGCCGUUCCUGCUCUCCUCGCCCAAGCACUUGUCUCGUUCUUACCUCGAAUUUUUUCCCUCGUCCAUUUGUUCUCGCUCCGAAAUAUUUUUCGAUUGGAUGCUGACGGUUCUGCUACCUUCUCCAUUCAAGGAAGUGAGCUAGAUACCAAAAAGUCUCAGCUCGGAUUCUACGGACGCCAGAAGGAGACGAAGGCGAUUCAAAAAUGCCUCGAUGAUCUUGUAAACACCGGUAAUAACAAGCUCAUCUAUAUUUCAGGAAUAUCAGGAACUGGUAAGACAGCUCUCGCUGUGACUGUUGCCGACUCUGUUGUCAAGGACAGCGGAAUCUUUGCUACGGGCAAGUUCGAUCAAAAGCUGUGCGAUGAGCCAUAUGCUGGUAUUGGAGCAGCUGGACGUCACAUCUGUGGCAAAAUACUGCAUCGCAAGAACUAUUCCGAGCACAUGGACUUUGAAGAUAUUCGCAAGAUGAUCAUAAACAAUGUUGGGCCAGAGUUGCCCACACUCGCCAUGAUCCUUCCUGAGAUUAAAGACGUUGUUGGUUCAUCUGAUCUCCUCUUGGCACAGGAAGAUAUCGCCGGUGGAGACUACGGAGCCAACAAAGAACGUGUCAACCAUGCGAUUCGCACCUUCUUCCGCAGUGCGGCAACAUUCUUCAAGCCUCUUGUGAUGGUCUUGGAUGACAUUCAGUGGGCCGACUUGACAUCCAUCAACCUCAUUCAGGUAUUGAUGACCGAUGAAUCCAGCUCCAAUCAUGCCAAUACCCUCGGAACAAUGCCAUAA